AUGGAAAAGGCUAAAGAGACAACGCGGUCAAUAGGCUUAGCGCGUAUAUGGAAAAGCUUACGACAUUCAUUAGCAUGUAGACUUCUUUGGUUGUGCCGACAUGGUAAUCAAGAUCAGCGUAAUUUAGCACUUGAACAUUUAGCCUCCUUCAAAAAUAAUAAAGUUUGGGAUUGCUUGAAAAUAGCACAAGCGCUGGACAAAAAUACUGCAGUGUUACUUGCACGCACACCUGGUGCAGAUUUACGAUACUUUUUGCCUCCUCCAAUCCACAUACGAAGAGCUGCAUUAACGUCGGAGCUUAUGUCAUUCAAAUUUCGUGAUAUGAUUAUUGCUGUUCAGAAGAUAUGUCAACAUAGUUGUAUUAAAUACUUUUUGUCUAAGUAUUUUGCUAAUUUUCAAGAACAGGCUAUGGAGGCUGAUAGUAUACCGGCAAAACCUGAUAGUAUCAGUGAACGUGAUUUAUGUAUGCUUUGUCUUGAUGCAUUAUACCAUCACAUUCUUCUGUUUCACUCAAAAGACUAUGAGGAUGAUAAAUCAUCUUCAACAUUAAUUGAAUUGGGCUUAUUGCCCCGUCUAGCGGAGCUGUUAUUAAGAUAUCAUAAUGAUAAUGAAUUAGAUCUUGCAGUGCUGAAGAUUCUUACAGUCCUAAGUAUGCACACAUGUUUACUAAAUGAUUUUUUUCAAAAUGGUUUAAUUGGAGAACUUUCUAGAUUAUUAAGAUCUGAGGAUGUUCGCUUGGCAAGUUCUGCUGCUGUAUGUCUUGCUAAUCUAUCAGGAGAACAUUGCUUUAGACCUGGUUUGUACCUUUUGCAUCCUUUGUAUAGAACAAGAAACAAACAUGCAUGUGAUACUCUCCUGGUACAUGGUUUGAGAGGUGGCGUAUUUGUCACAUGGCGCCAAAGAGAUCCAAAAUGUGCUGAGCCUUUAGGUAUUUCUGAAGUAUCAAUGUCUGAUAUUAAAUGUAUUGAACCUUGUGGUGAUACUUCAGUUGAUACUCCUGUUGAUAACAAAUAUCUAGAUCCUGAACAUCAACAAAUAUUUGAGGACUUUACUGAGUUAAAUGAGGAAUCUCUAUUAUCAAAAAUUGAAGUCUUAUUACAAGAUAUUCCCAUAGAAGCUAAGAGAGAACCAGCAGAUGUAAAUGUGUAUUCUGCAAUUAAAAAGCAGACAGCUUUAAUUCAGGAGAAAGAAGAUCAUUGCAGUUAUACUUUUUGUUGGCCUAAAGAUUGGUUGCCUAAAGACUGUAAAAAUCUGAGAAUUUUAGGUGUCAAUUACUGGAGUUCACUAUCUGAUUGGUUGGAAGGAUGUCCAUUACAGAGUGCAGAUAUUGCAACUAGGGCUGCAGAGCUGGCACCAGCAUUAAUUGAUGCUGAAGUCGGAAAGAAAAAUGUUCCAGUUAUUUGGUUGGCUCAUUCAAUGGGUGGUCUCAUAGUCAAACAACUUCUUAUUGAUACUUCUGGAAGUGAAGAUAGUUUUAAACGACUUUGUGAGAAUACAAAAGCUGUUCUGUUUUACAGUACACCACAUAAAGGAAGUGCCCUUGCCAAGAUGCCCCGCGCAGCUGCUGCUGUGCUAUGGCCGUCACAUGAUGUAAGGCAACUGCAAGAAAACUCUCCUAUUCUUUUAAAGAUACAAAAGGAGUUCCUUCAACUAGCUGAUACUUAUUCAUGGGAAACUAUUAGUUUUGCUGAAAGUAAGCCAACUCUAGUCACAUCAUUUAAAGUUCCUAUACAUUUUGUACCAUCUCAUUCAGCAGACUUGGAGCGAGGUGUAUUUUAUGAAUUACCUCUAGAUCAUUUAACAAUUUGUAAGCCAGCAACCAGACAAUCAAUUUUAUAUACUACGGCACUAAAUGUAAUUCAAAGAGCCACAUCUAACAAUUAUGAAUUAAAACAUUCAAAUCCUUAUAUUAUAAAGCUGUUUGACUUAUUUUGGGGGAAUAUGAGAAGGAAGGCAAAUGAAGUAAUAGAAAAUAUAGAUGACACAAACAAUAAUCGUCAAUUUAAAUGGUUUGAAAGAAUCUUACUAGAAGCCUUUACUGAUUCUUAUUCAGACUAA